CGGGCGGGCGGGGAAGAGGGAACACCAAGGAACUCCCUCCUCAUUUAAAAAAAAAAACACACUCUCCUUCUUUCUCUCUUCCUGUCUGUCUCUCCCCAAAGUUACUUGCUUUCUGAUUUUGUCUCGAAGUUCUGUUUUAGUGUUAUUUUUUCCCCCAAGGGAGUGAAAGGGGAGAAGCAAAAGGCACUCAACCGACGCUAAACCGCUGUAAAAUUGUGAACUACUUGUUACGUAGCUCAAUGUUGAAGAGACUUUGAAUGUAACCUCAGAAAACAGAGAGAGGGGAAUAGAAAUAAAAUAUAUGGAAGGAAAAAGGCCAAGAAUGAGAGAAUUGUCUAAUAUUUUUGACCUCCAAUCGCACAUGGCUUCUUGGGCUUACCCGUCUCUCCACAUUUUUUUUUCUUUUUCAAUCACAUGCUCUCCUCCCUCUCUCUUGAAAUAAAAACUCCCAUGGUUUUUCUCUCUCCUCUCAACACUUAGCUGCUUUCAAGCUUUACUUUUUAGUUUUUUUCUGAAUUUUUUUUUCAUUAGCAUUUGAAGGUUAUUGACUCGACAGUCGAAGAGAAAGAUAUUCCUCAGAUCUACAGUGAAAAGGGUUUUGAGUUUUGGCCGUCGUUGUCAACCUUUUCCUUCUUCUUCUUCUGAAGACUCUGUUCUUUGCAGGAUUGGCUGUGAUUCAAUCUCAAAAAGGUUCUGUCCUGAUUAGAAGAUGCUUUAUAGAGAUCCCUGAAGAGCAGUUUGGUGAUCCAUCGAUGUUCAUUUAUGUUCUGCACAUUUCAAACGGGUUGUAAGUGAUUUCGAUGGUUUGUGAGAUGGAGACGGAUCAAAUUGAAGACAUGGAUGUCGAAGUCCUUUCUUCAAUGUGGCCUGAAGAUAUCAGUAACGAUCCCGGAAAGCAGUUCAAUGUAGAAAAGCCAGGAGGUGAUCAAGAUAUGUUGGAGGAGGUUACAAUUGUGGAGGAGCCAACCAUAGUUGAUUUCAAGCAUCUUUUAGAGCUAACCAACUACACUGACAAGGGCUCGUCUCAGCUAGCAUACCUUGUGAAACACUGGGAAUAUAAGCAAGCAAAUGCUGUUCGUCUUCUUAGAGAAGAACUUGACAAUCUAAGCAGGCAAAGGCAGGAAUCUGAGCUAAAGAAAUUGGAGAUAUUGGAAGAACAUCGUUUCGAGGAGGAAAGGUAUGGAGGAGAUAAACGCCCGAUUUCCAUACUGGAUGAAGUUUACGAUAUAUGGCUAGAAGUUCCUCGGAGGAAAAACGAUGUUGUGGUUCCAAGUAAAAGAGUUGAAAUUGAUGCUGAGUAUGACACUGUCAUAUACUGGAAACAGCGAGCUUUGCAUUUUGAGAAACUGUUGGAAGCAAGCAUCCAGAGAGAGCAACUGCUCAAGGAGAAGUUGCAGGAAAGCAUAAAGAACCUGGAAAGACAGUCCUCACCAGUAGAAGAGUUGUCCCAGAUUCUUAAAAGAGCUGAUAAUUUCUUACAUUUUGUACUUCAAAAUGCACCUGUUGUUAUAGGACAUCAGGAUAAAGAGCUGCGAUAUCGGUUUAUUUAUAACCAUUUUCCAAGUUUACAAGAGGAGGACAUUCUAGGCAAAACGGAUGUGGAAAUUUUCACCGGGUCUGGUGUUAAGGAGUCUCAGGAAUUUAAAAAGGAAGUGCUGGAAAAAGGAUUACCUGCAAAGAGGGAAAUUACAUUUGAGACAGAACUAUUUGGAUCAAAGACAUUUUUGAUAUAUGUGGAACCAGUUUUUAGCAAGGCAGGAGAGACUAUUGGUAUAAAUUAUAUGGGCAUGGAUGUAACAGAUCAGGUAAGGAAAAGAGAAAAGAUGGCAAAGCUUCGAGAGGAGAUUGCGGUACAAAAGGCAAAAGAAACAGAACUGAACAAAACCAUACACAUAACAGAGGAGACAAUGCGUGCAAAACAAAUGCUGGCAACCAUGUCUCACGAGAUAAGAUCUCCUCUAUCUGGGGUUGUUAGCAUGGCUGAGAUCCUAUCCACCACAAAACUUGACCGAGAGCAAAGACAGUUGUUAGAUGUCAUGCUAUCUUCAGGAGAUUUGGUCCUUCAACUUAUAAAUGACAUCCUUGAUCUUUCCAAGGUUGAAUCAGGUGUUAUGAAGUUGGAAGCUACAAAAUUCCGACCACGAGAGGUGGUAAAGCACGUUCUUCAGACGGCUGCAGCAUCAUUGCAAAAGAUUCUUACCUUGGAAGGACAUGUGACAGAUGAUGUUCCUAUUGAGGUCAUUGGAGAUGUCCUAAGGAUUCGACAAAUUCUCACUAACUUGAUCAGCAACGCGAUCAAGUUUACACAUGAAGGGAAGGUAGGAAUAAAACUUUAUGUACUACCAGAGCCUCCUUUUGCAAAAGAAGGAUCUCAGCACGUAUCUGAUGGAUCAACUGCAAAUCAAUCAACUACUAAUGUAGCAAAAGAAGAGACCUGUAUAUCAACAUCUCAAGCUAGCAGUGAUCAGAAAGGUUUUCAUGGUAAGAAACGUGAAGGCCCUUGCCAAAAUCAUUCACUCAGUGACAAACCUGGUACUCCAGUUAUGAAUGGAACAAUAGAUGGAGAUGAGGAGCAAGAAGAGUUACCUGAAACAACAGUGUGGAUACGCUGUGAUGUAUAUGACACUGGAAUUGGAAUACCAGAAAAUGCUUUGCCCACUCUUUUUAAAAAGUACAUGCAAGUCAGUGCUGAUCAUGCCCGAAAGUAUGGUGGGACAGGACUGGGCCUUGCAAUAUGUAAACAGCUGGUUGAGCUAAUGGGUGGCCGUCUUACUGUGUCUAGCCGAGUGCAUUGUGGUUCUACAUUCACGUUUAUCCUACCUUACAAGGUUUCACUAGCGUGUGAUCAUUCUGAUGACCUGGAUGACCUCUCAGAUAUGCCUGAACAUGAUGCUGCAACUGACGAUGCAACUGCUGGCUUCUUCCAAUUCCAGCCACGCACUUUGGGUUCUCUAUUUUCUUCUAAUGGAUCUAGCAGAACCCAAAAAUUAAUGCCACACAAUAUUGGGUAUGCAAAUUCACAUAAACUAAAUGGGUUCGCAGACAAUUCUUAUUCGUUCCCCACGAAUAACGGUCCUACAAAGGAGCUGGCUCCGGUUGAGGAUGCUUGCUCUGUGGCUGAAGCUGUGGGGACAUCAUCUGAGCCUGAUGGUUCAUUUAGUCACAGCCCAGACCCUGAUAAUGAAAGUGCAAUUUGCAGAGACAGGCACCAUCAGAAUGAUGCAAAUGCUCAGAACAAAGUUUCUACCACAGAGCUGUCAAGUUGCUCAGAGGCAAGCAGAGAGGUGGAUGCAAAAAUGAAGAUAAGUGAGCCCCAGCUCUCACCUAAGCAGGAGAAAUCUGACACCGGUUCCCAGUGCACAUCAAACAGCAGUCGAGAAGUAUCAAAUUUGACCUCAAAGCCUAAGAUCCUACUUGUGGAAGAUAAUAAGAUCAAUGUAAUGGUGACACAGUCAAUGAUGAAGCAGAUAGGCCACACGAUAGAUGUUGUGAACAAUGGUAUUGAAGCUGUCCAUGCAGUUCAGCGCUGUAGUUAUGAUCUUGUCCUGAUGGAUGUCUGUAUGCCAGUCAUGGACGGCCUUCAAGCAACAAGAUUGAUUCGUUCCUUUGAAGAAACUGGUAAUUGGGAUGCAGCAGAAAAGGCUGGGAUUGAGCAACCUUUGCCUUCUUCAGAUUCAUUACAAUAUCUUCCCGGUUGUACACCUCCAACAAAGCGUAUUCCCAUAAUUGCUAUGACUGCAAAUGCAUUGUCAGAGAGUGCUGAUGAGUGUUAUGCAAAUGGUAUGGAUUCAUUUGUUUCAAAGCCUGUAACUUUCCAAAAACUGAAAGAGUGUCUUGAACAGUAUUUGCCAUGAUACCCUCCUGUAAAUUUAUGCAUGUGUAUAGAAAAAAUGGCAGCAUGUUAGGAAAGUUUUGUCAAUGUAUCAUCUUCUUCUCAGCCAUUAGCAUCUCAUUAUAGAUUGUAUAGUUAUAUGUCA